GUAUCGAGGCGCCUGCCCCGCUGGGCCACGACAGCUCGCAUGGCAGCACAUCGCGCCGCGUCGCUUCAACGGCAGCCUCGCCCCGCCUCGCAGCCCCGAGCCGUGAGGGCCCCGCCUCCAGGGUGGUCGCCGACCAGGAUGCGCCGCACCCCUCGGGCAUGGACGAGGACGACGCGUCCGCGGGCGAGAGGGCGAUGGCCUACUCCCGGACGCCCGGCUGGCAGCGCCGCGCCGACACCUGUGUGCUGUUGCCUGCAUGGCGGCGGUGAUGACGGGGGCGGCGCGGCCGGAAGGAGCUUUCAGUGUCCGUGCGCCCCGCCUCGAGCAGGCCCGGCGCUGCGCGCGCUGCGCGGCCGGCGGCCUUGACGAUGGACAGCGUGCUGACGGCGCCCCUCGGACUUCGCCUGCACCGCAACACGCUGACGCGGCAGGACGCCGUGGUGGUGCCGACACGCCUCGGCCUGGUGCGGCUGCGUCGCGGCGGCUCGGAGCACCUGCCGGGCAUGAGCUCGGCAGUGGCCGGGGUGUCGUCGGUGCGCCUGCUCGCCCCACCCGAGGUGAGCGUCCGGCCAGCCGUCCUGGAGGACCGUCGCCAGCUCGGCGCCGCCCCGCCGGGGCCCGGCCGCGCCUGCUGCCCGCGCGCCCCUGACCGCACCUGCGCCACAUCGUCGAGCUCGGGUUCCGGAGCGUCGGCGGCCUCGGGUGGGGGCCACGCCGGGUCGAGGACGUCGUUAAGCGCCGCUUCCAGGGCGCCAUCGCGGGCCGCCGCCGGGGCCAGAGGGGUCACGGCCUCGUCGUCGGCACCGCGACGCGCGUCCAGGUCCGCGCCCUCGGGGACGGGCGAGGCCGGCGCGCGGUGCCAGAGCAGCACCGGCAGCGUGGGCUCGGCGGCGUGGAACAGGGAGCUCGGCGCCAGGCUGCUACCGCUGCUGUCCGUGCUGAUGGCGCCCCGGGACGGCGACGUGCACGCCGCGGGGGAGGCGGGUGAGGAGGAGGAGGGGCAGGCUGCCGUGCGGUCCGUGCGGCUCCAGAGCAGCCAGGGCCGGCCGCGCCUCACCGUCACGUCCAUCACCGUGCCGGACAUGGCCUCGGCCCGCGUCGCCCUCCACCAGCGGCAGCGGCAGCAGCGCGCCCGCCGGACCACGCGCCACGCGAGCCAGUACUGUCGCUCGAGGACUCCGGCGGCGAUUGCUGCUGCUGCCGCCGCGGCCGCCGCCGCGUCCACCGCGAGGUUCACCAACACGACGACGCAGACGACGAGCAGCAGGAGCGGCAGCAGGAGCAGCAGCCUGAGCAGCAGCAACAGCAGCAGCGGUGGCAGCGGCUCCCAAGGCCACGGCCGCCGCGCCGGGGCCGGGCCGGGGCCGCGGGGCCGCGAGGCAUCCUGCGCGCCGCCCUGUGCGCGCCGCGCCCCGCACCGAGCCACCGGAAGCGGAAGGCGCGCCAGUGACUCCGCCACCGGAAGCCACCCCGCGACAACUCGCAGGCCGUGCGGCGAGCCGUGCUGUGCCGAGUGCUGCGCGCCGGCCUCCGGGGCCCCCGAGCAGGCCGACGGGGAGGAGCGGGGCAGCCCGCACGACGCCACGCAGCCGGGCCGCGAGCAGCCGGAUCUGGGGUUCUGGGGGUGGGGCGGCGAUGGCCCGCCCCGGCUGCAGCACCCGCCCGGCCAGGACGACGUCGUCGACGACGACCUGCUGGUGGACCUGAGCGCGCUCUGCCUGGGCGCGGCCGCCCCCGGCACGCCAACACUCGCCGUCGCCCUCCAGGCGCCUCCACCGCCGACGCCCCCGGCGCCCUCUGUGCCGGAGCGUUGGAAGGUGAAAACCAAGGGGAAGCCUCGCUCGGCCCAGCAGCGGGCCCGCGACCAGCAGGACCAGUGGGUGCACUCGGUGCAUGCGCAGUGGCAGCUGGGCCCCGUGGACGCCCUGGGGCUGGCCGCCCCCGGGAGGCCGCAGACGGGGCUGGGCCGCAGGGGUGGGCCCACACCUAAGCCCGCGGGUCCGCCGUGGUGGGCACGCCCCACCAAUCGCGCCCGCCUAGCCGCCAAAUAAUAAAGCUUUAGAACUGAAGUGUCUA